CGUGUUCUCACUGAAGCUGCGCUUGUUUGUGAAUGUGAUAGAAAAGAAACAGCAGAAUCAGAAGAGUUUAAGCAGUCACAUAAGAGGCUGCAGAUACACUGUUUUUUCCUUUGACACCAGCCCAGCAUGAACAGUGAACGUCAUCAAGGCCUUUUUUGAUGUCAGGAAGAUAAAAUGUUAAAUAAAAACUACACAGCAGUGACUGAGUUCAUUUUGCUGGGACUGACAGAUCAAUCAGAGCUGCAGCCUGUGCUCUUUGUGGUCUUCCUACUCAUCUACCUCAUCACAGUGAUUGGCAAUGUGAGCAUGAUUUUCUUAAUCAGAAGUGACACCAAGCUCCACACACCCAUGUACUUCUUCCUCAGUCACCUCUCCUUUGUAGAUCUCUGUUACGCCACCAAUGUCACUCCUCAGAUGUUGGUUAACUUUUUAUCCAAGAGAAAAACCAUUUCCUUCAUUGGCUGCUUCAUACAGUUUCACUUUUUUAUUGCCCUGGUGAUCACAGAUUACUAUAUGCUCACAGUGAUGGCUUAUGACCGCUACAUGGCCAUCUGUAAACCUUUGUUAUACACUAGCAAAAUGUCCAGAGGUGUCUGUCUCUCUCUUGUAACUGCCACGUACAUCUAUGGCUUCGCAAACGGUCUGGCACAGACAAUCUUGAUGCUUCGUUUAACUUUCUGUGGACCCAAUGAGAUCAAUCACUUCUACUGUGCAGACCCCCCUCUCAUGGUCCUUGCUUGCUCAGACACCUACGUCAAAGAAACUGCCAUGUUUGUGGUGGCUGGAUCCAACCUCACCUGCUCUCUCACCAUCAUCCUCACUUCCUACAUUUUCAUCUUUGCAGCCAUCCUGCGAAUCCGUUCUGCAGAGGGGAGGCGCAAGGCCUUCUCCACUUGUGGGUCUCAUUUGGUGGCUGUCACUGUUUUUUAUGGGACUUUGUUUUGUAUGUACCUCCGGCCUCCUUCUGAGAAGGCUGUAGAGCAGGGGAAAAUUGUGGCUGUCUUUUAUAUCUUUGUAAGUCCAAUGUUAAACCCUUUGAUCUAUAGCCUGAGAAACAAAGAUGUGAAAAGAGCAAUAAGGAAAGUCGUCAAGAAGGAAGUGUUUAUGAAGUAA